GCAUCAAGUACAUGUGGCCUUAAAACAUUGAAGACCGGCGUAUGUGAAUGUAUUCGAUGCUUGUUUAUGCAAGGUGGGGGAGGCGGGAGGACCGGUCGCACGUUUGACGCUCGACCUCAGCAGCUAUAGCGACCUUACACACCGUUCACUGUACUUCUUACAUCUAAGUGCAACUCUCCAUCAAAAAUGCACUAGUGGUUCUACAAAAUACGCGUGUGUGUGCUACAAUCGUGUAAACAAAUGUGUAUCAAAUUAUAAUUAAUAUAAGUUAUAUAUUGCUAUGUUUGUCGCAUUGAAGAAUCCCGUUCGUUAUAAUAAUUGUGUUUUUAUUAUGUUCUCUUGGAGCUACUGUGAAGAUUUCCACGUAAAACUACGCAGAGAAGAAAUUAAACGCACCUAGGAUGGCGAAAUUUGGAACCAGAAAGGCAUGGCGAAGGGAGUCAAACAUUCACAGGAAGCAUGGCUGAGAUUGUACCGGAGGCUUACAGUCCAAGAUUUAUGCACAAACGUCGUCGUCUCUCCAGGUUGCUCGACAAGCUCGCUAUACAAAUUACAAAUAACAAUCACUUCCCGUUUCAUCCCUGGCUAAUGUUUGAACCCCCGUACCAAGAGGCUAAGACGCCAAAUGACACACCACUCGACCUCUCAGUAAAAUCAGUGACACCUAAGUUGGCCAAACCGCCAGCAUUCACUUGUGAGAUUUGUGGACAGUCUUUUACGGCACAUGACCGGCUGGCCAAACAUGUUGCCUCCCGGCACAGAGACAAAGCGCCGGAUACAGAAAGAGCUUACGUGUGUGAAAUUUGCCUGCGAAGAUUUGCACGUUCUGAUAUGUUGACACGUCAUGCUCGUCUGCAUAGCGGUGUUAAGCCGUAUUCAUGCACAGCUUGUGCACAAGUGUUCUCGCGAUCUGAUCACCUUGCCACUCAUCAGCGCACUCACACAGGAGAGAAGCCCUACCACUGUCCUAUCUGUCCUUACGCUGCUUGUAGACGUGAUAUGAUCACCCGACACAUGCGCACCCACACUAAGCGAUCACAACCUGCUGAAAUCUGAUUUAAUCGACAGCUACAUAUUUAUAAGGAACUGCUUAUAUUAGCUGUAUUAAGUUAACAAAUUGUUUGUAGGUGACGUUGAACGUAGACCACGCAUCGAGGGUGGCCUGGAUUUAUUUAAUUGGUAAGGGCAUAUCACAUUGCAAUGCAAUACAGAUAUUUUUCGGAAUUACCUAUAUCGAUCUUGAAGUGCGAAUGUAAUUUAAAUAAAAAAAGCAAAGCGCAAUGCGAUGUGUCUCUAUUCAAUUAUUUUGUAUAUGAUCUGUUAAAUUAUUAUUUAUAUCUAGUAAUUUAGUAUGCUUAGUGUUAGUUGUUGUUGUUGUUUAAUAGAUCAUAGAACUGUGGGUAGACAGAGCCAAAUAUCUAAAUGGCAGUAGAAAUACUUAGUGUAACUAUUGGAUCUUAAUAUGAUCUAGUACUCUUACGCAUACGUACAACCUAAGUGAGUACGUAGGUACGCAAAUAUCUUAAUAUAUAUAAAUUACGUGACACGUUGUUUGCCCGCGAUGGACCCCUAAACUAAUGAACGGAUUUUAAUGGGGAUUACUUCAUGGAGUGCCGUUUGGUCCAACUUGAGAGAUAGGAUAGUUUUUUUUCGAUUUGGGACCCAUAAUUAUUUUUAUUUUCAAUAUUGUUUUUGUAUGAAAAUAUUUUCUAUGAGAGAAUUCUGUGACGCACGGUUUGAAAGUUCCGCUGUGAAACAAUUUCAUUAUAACGACAGGGAGCAUUUUUUAAGAAAUAAUUCUUGAUGUUUUGAAUUAUUAUUGGCAAAUUCGUAUAAAACAGUAUUUUUUUUAUUAUCUACAGAACAACGUCUGUCGGGUCAGCUUGUAAUGUAAUAUAUUAUUCUUAGAAUAUAAUUUGUAAAUAUCGCUUAUUAAUAAUAUUGUUGUGUCAACUAUUAUUGGAUUGUUUUCUUAAGGCCGUCUAGUGAUUUAAGCGUGGUUAACUCUUAAUAUUUAAAUAUACGACAAAAAUGUUUAAUUGUAUUAAAAAUACAAAAUAUAAUUAUGUUUCGUAAGUAUACUGUAUAGAUUAUAAAAUAGUACUUAAUAUAUUUAUUCGUUCCUUGUUCUGUUGCAUUCGUUUGUUUCUUUAAAAUUAAUUUUGUCAAAACUCCUGUUUGAUGUGUUUUGCAUUGUAGCUAUUAGUCAGUCGAAUCUUAUUUGUAAUCCUUAAAAGACGAAUAAGUGUUUCUAAAUUGUUAACUGUUUUCAGUGUAAAUAAAGUGUCUCAAUUGAAAAUUGUUUCAAUAUUUAUUUAAAAAAUUAAGAGAGCCAUCAAGACCAAAGGUUACCUGAUGGACUGAUAGCUCCUGUUGAUGUGUUUUGAAUCGUAGAUAUUAGUCAGUCGCAUCUUAUUUGUAAUCCAUAUAAGACGAAUAAGUGUUUCUAAAUCGUUAAAUGUUUUGAGUGUAAAUAAAGUGUAUCAAUUGACAAUUGUUUCAAUAUUUAUUUAAAAAAUUAAGAGAGCCAUUAAGACCAAGGGUUACCUGAUGGACUGAUAGCUCCUGUUGAUGUGUUUUGAAUCGUAGAUAUUAGUCAGUCGCAUCUUAUUUGUAAUCCAUAUAAGACGAAUAAGUGUUUCUAAAUCGUUAAAUGUUUUGAGUGUAAAUAAAGUGUAUCAAUUGACAAUUGUU